GAAGAAGACGAAGAAGAAGAAAAAGAAGAAAAAGCGUUCCUGUGACGUCGCACGUUAACCGUGAAGAAGAAAUAAUACAGAAUCGAAUUAAUCUUUUGAAGGGUGGUAAUAUAAUCUGCAAGGCUAUGGGAGGAGGUGAUCUCAACUUGAAGAAGAGCUGGCAUCCACAGACUCUCAAAAAUAUUGAGCGAGUAUGGAAGGCAGAGCAGCGGCAUGAGGCAGAACGCAAGAAGAUUGAAGAGCUACAGAAGGAGUUAUGUGAAGAGCGGGCUCGAGAAGAAAUCACCAGAUAUGCACAGGAAACGGGCACUCUGAAGAAGAAGCAUGACCGCUUGGACUGGAUGUACCAGGGACCAGGAGGACAGGUGUCCAGGGAAGAGUACCUACUUGGGCGCCCCAUUGACAAGCAGAUCACUGAGCAGUAUGAGGAGGUUGAGAGUGGACCAUCUGCACAAACCGGUCUACUUCCAGGCUCCAUCUUUUGCCCCACCACCGCUGCUUCCACCCUUGACCUGGCCACCAAGAUCCGAGAGGACCCACUUUUUGCCAUUAGAAAGCGAGAAGAAGAAAAAAAGCGGGAAGUUCUAACCAACCCAGUGAAAAUGAAGAAAAUUAAAGAGAUGCUGCAGCACAAUCUUGAGAAGAAAGAAAAGAGGAGGAAGAAGAAGGACAAAAAGGAAACCAAGCAGAAGAAGGAGAAAAGGAAGCAAAAGAAGCACAAGCAACAUGGCACUACAGAGAUGAGUUCCAACUCUGAAGAAGAAAAUACCAGGUCUCAUCGCAAAGACGGUGUCCCACCUGCCCCGUUUUCUCGUUCCAAUGAUACAUCUGGUUAUGGGCUGCAUCUCCCAAGCCGUGGGCACCAUUAUGAAAUGGGUGUGUCAAUCCACCAGGGGAGCAAUUCCAGGGGCAGAAGGAGUCGCUCUCCUCACAGGGAUGGGGAAAGAAGUGCCGUCACUGAGAAGACCGACAGAAAGACGCAGUUUAGCCAUGGAAUCCCCUCCUCAUACAAGAAGCAUGUUCAGAGACAUCAGGAUAUCAAUCGCAAGCAUCUGUCAAGAGAGGAGCAGGAGAGGAAGCGACAGGAGAUGAUGGACUUUGCCAAGCAGCGAGAUGAGCAGAGGGUGAGCAAUGUGCAGAAAUAUAGAAGCCAGGAAGAACAGGAGAAGCAACGGGACUCUAGGCACACCCAACAUGCUGGCUUCAUCCAUGAUGUGAAGCUGGAAGGUGCUUGCUCCACACUCGAGGAGCGGGUGAAGAGGAACAUUCACUCUCUACAGAGAACCCCUGCUGCCCUUGAGAAAAACUUCAUGAACAGAUAGAUGGGUAGAUGAUAGAUUCAGAAAGGGAGGUUUAAACCACAUUAUAAUUGACCAGUUUGGUGUUCCCUUAAGAGAACACAGUGUUACCUUUUAUCUGCCAGCCCACAUAUGCUUGGCCUGGAAAAACACAUUCACUACCCAGCGAAAUCCUGAUAUACUUGAUAUAUCUCAGCAACCCUAGAUUUUUUUCAAAUAUAAAUUUGGUCUUGGAUGUUUUCUGGAUUAAUGUGUCCGGUAGCAGAGAUUUCCAAACAUUCAUUUUCCAAAAAAUGAAAUAUUAGAUACAUUAUUGUAUUUCAUUCAGUAACUUAGUAAUAGACUACAAACAUGUCAUAGGCAAAAAGUUAAACAUGACACAUUUCCUCACAUUUUAUUUGUUUUAAUUUUGUACAGUUUCAAAAUAAUACAAAAAACAGAAAAAGGCCCUGUGCAAAAGUUUGGGAACCCUUCACUUUGUAACUUUGUAACUCCUCCUCAGGCAACUAUUAACAGCUUGCAAAUGCUUUCUGUAGCCAGCCUUUUAAAUUCUCGCUUUUGGAAUUUUACCCCAUUCUUCCUGGCAGAACACCUCCAGCUCCACAGAUUGUCAAUAGUAUUCAAGUCUGGGGACUGUGGUGGCCAUUAUAAAACCUUCAUCUGUCUUUCCUGAAGGCACUGUCUGGUUGAUUUUGAGGUAUGCUUGGGAUCAUUGUCUUGGAGUACCCAACCUCUCCAACCUCAAUGUCUGGACUGACCAUCGAAAAUUAGCCUCUGGAAUUUCUUGAUAUUUGAUGGAAUCCAUUCUUCCUUCCUUCCACUCACACAAUAUUUCCUGUGCCCCCAGCUACUCCACAACCCCAUGGAUCCACCUUUUUCUCCAAAAGAUACCUUCUUUGGCGGUGGCCAAUCAAUGUUUUAUUUUGCAUGCUUCAGUUUUUUGUAGCCCUCUCCUUCUUUGUGGACAUGAACCGUCUUCAUUCUAACACCCUUGGACAAUUGUUCAGAGUAACCCAUGGUUGUUCACACCGGACAGAACAGCCACUAUAGUUGGAUAAUUUAGAAGAGUUACUUCAGAUUUAAAAAUUCAGUCCUGGAAUUAUACUCACUCUGCUCAUUGAAUGAGAAAAUCGCCUGGGUCGGUGCCUUAGUAAUCAUCUUUUUAAAAAGUAACAAGGAAUAAUCCAAAAGGGUUCCCAAACUUUUGUACAGGGCCCCUUUUCCAUAAUUUAUUCAUUAAAAUGUAUUCAUUUGCAUAUGAGUGUGUGUGUGUGUGUGUGUGUGUGUGUGUGUGUGUAUGUAAAUAUAAGAAUCGAGAGCUCCAUAAGUCUUGGAACAAAGAUUUUUUUCCUUUAUUUGUCUCUGCUCCAGAAAUGUGGUUAUAAACUGCAGAUUUACAAACUGUUUAUUAAGCCUCUGACCGUUUGUUUCUUAUUUCCCUGCCUCAUAAUGGCUUCCGUGCCUUUCUUUGGCACACGUCUUGUCCUCCUGUUUACAAAUGCCAUUAACCGACUCCAAAGGCAACCAAAAGCCUAGAUUCAUGCUACUAGAUACUGAAAGCUUUCUUUUACCUAUACUAAGCAAAUGAUUGAAUACACGUGACUAAUCUUAAACAUCUGUGAAGCCAUUUGUCCCAAAUAUGACAGUGCCCUGAAAAUGCAUUCUGUGCUGUAAUUUCUCAUUUGCAAAAUGUAUGAAAUGCUUUCUAAUAAAAAAUGGAGUACAGAGCCAAAUCAAGACUUAUUGAGCUCACUGUACAUGCGCACGCACGCGCACACUGCAUUGGGCCUCCACAUUAAACAGCUGCUUCUCUCGCAACAUACUUUCUCCCUUUUUUGGGGUUUUUGUUCCCUGAAAAACCUGGGAAGUGACACUCCUAUGCAAAUGAAUGGUAGUUUUGUAUGUUUUUCUGUGAACUUUUGUAAAGUAUGAUUUAUUUGUUUCAUAUGGGAGUUAAAAGUACAUCUGAUAUCAUACAGCUUUGAUUAAAAUACUGGACCCAUUUCCUA